AUGACGCCUGCCACAGUAUAUCGCUCUCGAGCACCUCCCGUGCCGGUGGUUCGGAAAUCUGUCUUCACCUAUCUCUUCGAAGACCAGUACAUGAAUGAAGGUGCUUUGCCAGCCAAACCGGCCUACAUCGACGCCUCGACCGGUCAAACUCUUACUCGAGAACAAGUGAAAACUUACUCCCUCAAAUUCGCAUGGGGUCUGCGAAACCGCCUUUCGCUUCGGAGAGGGGACACGGUGAUGCUUAUGAGCCCUAACUCUCUGUCCUGGCCCCUCGCUUUGUUUGGAUGCGUUGCAGCAGGCCUCAAGAUUUCGUUCGCUGGAUGCAGCGCCACUCCGCGCGAGCUGUCCUGGCAGUAUCUCGAUAGUAAGCCUCGGGUCAUUCUUGUCGCUUCGCACUUGGUGCCCGUCGUCAAGGACAUGUUUGCUCUGAUUGGAGAGGAAUCAAAAGGGGAACGGGACCCGCGCAUCUGGGUCAUCGACGAUCUUGGCGACUAUGUCAGCCCUCCACCGCAAACCUCCACUUCAAAGUCCAACCUCGCGACAAAUGCAAACGAUUGUGUGGAGCUCGUGCGGGGAGGGAAACUGGAGCGCGCAGAGAGGUUCGACGGAGACGCCGCUGAGGAAACCGUCUAUAUUUGUUACAGCUCUGGAACUACGGGAAAACCUAAAGGUGUCGAAACAACGCACAAGAAUGUCUGUACGGUUCUUCCAAUGACGCAGGCCCUCUGGAAGGGAUGUGAAACGUCCCAUGAUGUAUAUUUGGCCGUCCUCCCUGCGUAUCAUAUGUUUGGCCUGGCAAUGCAACUCCAUUACCCCCUCCGGAGAGGCAAGCCAGUGGUGAUGAUGAACCAAGGUUUCUCGUCCGAAGCUUUCUGUCAAGCCGUUCAAACAUAUCGAAUAACCUCUCUCCUACUUGUUCCCCCGAUUCUCUUAACUUUGAGCGAGUACCCUGAUCUCGAGAAAUACGACCUCGGAAGCUUGACCAACAUCGCGUCAGGAGCUGCACCUCUCUCACUCGCCCUCGCCAACAAAUUCCUCGACCAACUAAAGAAACAAGGGGCCAACGUUAUCCUGAUUCAAGGUUGCGGCUCGACUGAAACGACCUGCCCAUGCCAAAUCGUCGCCCCCGAGAACGCUUUCUCCAAGUUCGGCAGUGUAGGCGAACUACUGCCCAACAUCGAAGCGCGGAUCAUGGUCGAGCUCUCGCCCACCGCUACUUCGACAGCCACGGCCUCCGUCGAUGGGUCUUUAUUCCGCGACGCCAAUGACGGCGAGGAAGGCGAGAUGUGGCUGAAAGGCCCGACUAUCACCAAAGGAUACCUGAACAACCCCCAGGCCAACGCUUCGACGUUCACUCGGGACGGGUGGUUUAGGACUGGCGAUGUGUUGAGACGGGAUCCGGAUGGCUACUACUACAUUAUGGAUCGCAAGAAGGAGAUGUUGAAGUAUAAGGGGCAUCAGAUCGCACCUGCCGAACUUGAAAGCGUAUUGAUGGAAAACCCAGAGGUGGGGGAUGUGGGAGUGAUUGGGAUUAUGGACGUGUACAGCGGGAACGAAUUGCCCAGAGCCUACGUUCGUCCUGCAAACGCUGACAUCCUCAAAUCGCCGACCUUGAAGAAGGCAUUCGAACUCCGUCUCGCAAAAUGGUUUGAAGGCCAUGUUUCCAAUUACAAAUUCUUGCGUGGUGGUGUUAUUGCCAUCCCAGAUGUUCCAAAAAGCGCUACUGGCAAGAUCCUUCGGAAGGAGUUGAGGGAGUGGGCAAAGGCUGAACAGCGGAAAGACAGAGAAAUACAGGGGCGGGUGGAUAGGAGUGAGGCCGCCAAGCUCUAG